GAAUUUAUUGCUCGUUAACAGUAAUGGACGUUUCGGGUUGUGAGAGUUCGUGAGGCUCUCUCCACGCACAUCAAAAACUGAAAUGAAACUGGUAUCUUCUCACUUCCUGGAGCUGUGACGAGAUGGCGGGACUCAUCAAGAAACAGAUCCUGAAGCACUUGUCCAGAUUUACCAAGAAUCUGUCACCUGAUAAGAUAAAUUUGAGCACUCUUAAAGGGGAAGGUCAGCUGACCAACUUGGAGCUGGAUGAAGAGGUGCUACAGAACAUGCUGGACUUGCCCACUUGGCUGGCAAUCACCAGGGUUUUCUGCAAUAAGGCAGCAAUCCGGAUACACUGGACCAAGCUAAAGACUCAUCCUAUUUGCCUGUACCUAGAUAAGGUGGAAAUGGAAAUGAGGACCUGUGAGGAACCCAGGCCUCCUAAUGGCCCAUCUCCCAUUGCUACAGCUUCUGGCCAAAGUGAAUAUGGCUUUGCCGAAAAGGUCGUAGAAGGCAUUUCUCUUUCUGUGAAUUCCAUUGUUAUCAAAAUCAGAGCAAAAGCAUUUAAUGCAUCCUUCGAGCUGUCCCAGUUGCGAAUACAUAGUGUAAAUACAACAUGGCAACAGAGCGAUUUAAGGUUCACCCGAAUACUAGAUCUUCAGCGUGGAGAAGUUCUAACAUUCAAGGAGAUUACCUGGCAGAUGAUUCGGAUAGAGGCAGAUGCGAUUCAGAGUGAGGAACAUGACAUUCUGAGUGCACCAGUGAGACUUAUCACGAACCAGUCCAAGAUGAGAAUCACCUUGAAGCGAAGGCUAAAGGAUUGCAAUGUGGUUUCAUCUAAGUUGGUGUUGAUACUGGAUGAUUUGCUGUGGGUGUUGACUGACUCGCAGCUAAAGGCAAUGGCACAAUAUGCAAAAUCUCUGAGUGAAGCAAUGGAAAAAUCUGCACAGCAAAGGAAAAGUAUGGCCUCAGAACCCACCCAGAGUGCUACUCCAGUUCCAGUCUCCCAGCAAGUCAGAACACCACAAGCUACAACUGUAGCUGAUCAGAAUGAUGCAAUUGCAAAGCUCUUCAGCGCUUUUGAUGUAAAGGAAACCUCCCAUCAUUUAAUAAUUUCUCAUUUGGAUUUGCAUAUCUGUGAUGAUAUUAAUGCAAAGGAAAGAGGAGUUCCCAAACAGAUCACAGGAGGAGCCAUGCAGCUGUCUUUUACACAGAUUACAGUGGACUAUUAUCCCUACCACAGAGCAGGGGACAAUUGCCAGCACUGGAUGCACUUCAAUGAAUCUACAAAAACCAGAUCAAACUGGACAAAAGAAUUACUGGAAGAAUUCAAGUCCAAUGUGGAAAUGCUGAAACAAGCUGUGAAGGAUUAUAGCAAAAGCAAAUCUGCGUCUUCACCUCCAAUCGGCUCACCUCCGCACAUAACAGAUACCACAGUUAGGCAGAAAAUUGUAACAACAGGCAAAGAACAGAUCCCAAAAGGGACCAGUUCUCCCAAUUCUACAGCAACAACUGUUCAGCAAUCAAAGACAAAACUGUUAUCCAGCUGUUUUGUAAUCAGAGUGGAGGAUUUAAGUAUUUAUCAGGUUUCCACAGCAGACCAGCGCCGAGCUUUCCCCAAGACAAUGAUCUCCUGCAAUAAGAAGUCUUUAUACCUCCCACCGGAGAUGUCAGCUAUUCAUAUUGAAUUCACCGAAUAUUAUUUCCCGGAUGGAAAAGAUUUCCCCAUCCCUUCCCCCAAUCUGUAUGUACAGAUGAAUGCGCUUCAAUUCACUCUCGACUCCAGGAGCAUGCUCUGGCUAAAUCAGUUUGUACUAGAUCUGCAUCAAAGUCUGGAACAGUUCACAGCAAACUACAAUCUUGAUGACAAUGGGAAAAAAGACGAACAUGUUGACAUUCGUGUUGAUGGGCUCAUGCUUAAGUUUAUUGUUCCAGCUGAUAAGGGACCUGAUGACCAUCAAGACCACCCACAAUCAAUUUCUAUUCAGACAGCAGAAGUAAUUGCCACAAACACAAGACAUUCACCAAACUGUACAUGCACUGACCUGGAGACCAUACUGCAGGAAUUCAAAGAUGAGGAGGUUUUUAGCAAAACAUUCACAACCUUUCCCAAAUCCGAGGAUAGUUUUAACUUACUGCACCCAGUAUUUCAAAGGCACGCCCAUGAGCAAGACACCAAGUUGCAUGAUAUUUAUAAAGGAUUUGUUAAUCCACAGUUGAGUACGAAUGCACUGAAAACAUCUGCUGCUACUGACCUUUGGGCGGUGCAUUUCUCUCAAUUUUGGGUGGACUAUGAAGGUAUGAAGAGUGGAAAAGGAAGGCCUGUUGGGUUUGUGGAUUCUUUCCCUCUUUCAGUAUGGCUUUGCCAGCCCAACAGAUUCAUAAAGUCACAAAGAUCAAUCUCGUCAUCCAGACAAUUAACUGCCUUAAUUCCAAAGAGUGAAUCUAGUGACCUGAGUGUUCGCUUGCAGCGUAAGAAGCUCUUAAGGGAUUACUACAGCAUGGAAGCAGAGCCUUUUACCAAUGGACUGGGGAAGCCCUAUUCUUUGGAUGGUAUUUCGGGUUUGAAAUCCACGCAAUCUCCUUUAGAUGCAGAUAUUCAUGUUCUUGUGUAUGUGCAAAAGCACGUGAGCAUACAGGUUAAUCAUCAUCAGUAUCGCUUCUUACUGAAUCUCCAGCAAUCAAUGAAAAGGCUGCAGGAACAGUUGCAGAAGAAUGUAGAGAAAGUAACUGGAAAGCCUGCAGCAGAAACAAAAGUUUGCAUUGGAAUGUUACUUAAGAGCACUGAAGUGGCAUUAAUGCUUCUUCCACUGCCUCAGUAUGAAGCAGACGGUAAAGCUUCAGCUGAGAACAUAAGUCCUAUAGAAUCUGAUCUUUCACCUUCUGAAAGCAGGGAUACUUUAGCAGCAGAGAACUAUUUGCUGACAGCUGAUCCAAGUGCCGACCAUUUCAACAAAAGGAAUGACAGAGCUGAAGACACAGAUUUAAGUACUGUUGCUUCCAUGGACCCUGUGCUUUCUAAAUCUUAUAGUGACUCUGCUUUAGUAAAAAAUAUAGUAGCACAGCCCUUUUUUGAUGUCAGUCAGUUUCCAGCUAAAUCAAAUAUCCCUGGAGGGAUUGAUGGAACUAGUUCAGAGAAUAACAAUCAGGCCAGGAGACCAUCAGGUCCAUCAAAGGCUGAAGUUCCCUGUGGUUCUCAAAGCAUGGACCCACUGAAUGUUUGCACAAUAAACAAAGAUGAAUACAGCAAUCUUACUGUGUCUAAAGAGAAUGGCCCAGAAGAAAUCUCAAGUAUUUUGCAAAAUAAACAAAAUAGAACAGAAGAAUCAUUAAAUGAUUUAACAGAUCAUGACCAAGAGAACCGCCUGCAAUUGCAAAAUGAUAAAAGCAAAGAAAAAUUACUUUCACCAAGAGGAAGGUUGAAGGAACAUUCGCAGUCCUCUUUGUCUAACUGCCCUGUAGUAUAUAAACAUGUGAAGAGAACUCCAUCUCAAAAUUCACUGGACAAUAUAUCGAUUGAUAGUAACACGCUGGAGGACCCAUUAGAGAUGGAUGGAAAUGAAAGUCUCCUUUUGUUGGAAAAGGAUGGCAGUGUUGAUGAUAACUCAGUCAUUAGUCUUAAAGAAGAAACCUUUGACCAGAGUCCAGCAGAGAGUGCUCAUGGAGCACAUGGAACCGAGGAUUAUGGCAGAGUAUCGCCAGAUAUCUGUAGUGCUGCUUCUCAGAGUGUGGAAGAAUCCUCUGGAGAUUUGGUUUCUGUGAUGGUUUUCAAAGCAUUUGGUAUUAACUGUGGGAUUGAUGUGAAGGGAGAGGAUGCAGCAGUGUAUCUUCAGAUAAACCAGGUAUUACCAAACCAACUGGGAAAUGUCAGUGUACGCCAGUACCUCAGCAACCGCAGCAUGGAUCGACAAACCUCCACUCAGAUCCCGGAGCACAGAAAAGAAAUCCCUGAAGUAAAUCUACGGCUGGAGAUUGGGCCAACUACUGCUGUCCAUUCUCCACUAGCAGUGAAAAGUGGUUUCCUGCAGUGCAAGAUUGAGAAAUUCAAGUCUGAGUUCCUAAUGUCAUCCCUUACAAAUCUGGGGAAAUUUCUGGAAGAUGAGGUGUCUUCUGAUAUAAUCCCCAUGAAGAUUGAAAUUACUGAUACAAGGAUAAACCUAAAGGAUGACAAUCUACAGGGUGAUCCAUCAGCUCAUGAUCCAAUGCUAGUGGAGCUGUUAAUUGAUGAUCUUAUCAUUCAACGAAAUGAUAAGGGAACUUUUUGUAUUGGAGGUACCCAGGUACCUAAGCAAAAUCUACCAAAUGGGAAAGCCACAAAAACAGUGUUGUCUUGUUUAAAAUGUGAUGAAUCAGAGAAAAUCAGUUAUGUGUCACAGUCUACUCAGACGCCUCCAGAGAAACCUUGUCCUCCUGGGCAGAGAGAUACGAAAGAGAGCAAGUCAUCCGCUGGAUAUUCAUUUCAUGGCAGGGAACAGUUGCUUGAUGAAAACGAAUGUCUGAAACAGGAACUAGCCAAAACUAAAAUGGCUCUUGCUGAAGCCCAGAUGGAAAAAGACAGUUUAAUCCAUCGAUUGAAGAGUUUUAACUCUGAACUCAUCUCAUAGCCAAACCUACUUGGCUAUAGAAGACCUUCUUGAUUAAGUGGAGCAUCUUAUACUUGAGACCAUGCCAACUGCUUAUUGGUUUUUUUAAAAAAAAUAUCUUGAUACCAGUUUACAUUUCUUGAAGAGCAUUGAACAAACUCAGUGUAGAGAAACUUGUUACAUCUAUACUGCAAAUAUGUAUUUUUGAAUAUUAAUUCACUAAAGACUAAAGAUCUCAUCCAUGCACUAAAUACAGAUAAAUAUGACUUUGAGUUUAAUAAAAUAUUGCACCACUGUAUCAUGCUUUUCACUUCAAUCAGAAUCAAUUCUGUCCAAAACUGGAACUUGAAAUUAGGUUUGAAACAGAAUAUUGUGGGACGGGUAAUUUUCUUUCAUUCAAACUUAGCUGUGUUUUGGUGUGCCAUCAAUGUUUUUAUUAAAAGCCUAUUCCAGAGGAGGUCUCUUUAAAGAGACUGAAUUUGCACUAUAAUUAAUCUAAAUCAUGUAUCUAACAGUUUUUUUGUUUAAAUCAUCUGUGAUAUAGAAUAUGUACAAUACAACAUUUGUGUACAUAUGUGCUUUAUGUAAUUAUAGCAGCUACCAGGAUUGGUUGCUAGCCUAUACCUGAUGUUGAGUGCAAGGUGUAUCUGUAUAGCUAACUACCAACAAGGUAAAGCAUACUCAUGUCAUGCAGUCAUUCUGUACAGUAUCCAAAUAGUGUUCUUCACUAAAUAAUUGUAUCAAAGAUUGUAUUCUAAAUAAAUAUUAAAGCACAAAAAACUUCA